AAUUGAAUUCAAUUAAGUUUCUUCACAAAUGUAAGAUUUAUUUCUGCUACUUUAAAAAAAAGAUUAGAUCACUUACUUUUUAGUUUCACUGUUGCAAUAAUAAUGGAAAUUAGUGCGUGAAAGUAGAUGUGAAGUCAAUUGAACUGAACAAUAAAACAAUAAAUAUUUUGGAUAUAACUCUAAAGAAUUGUUUCGAAAAAAAUACUACAUAACAUCAUCAAUUGUUUUUAUAUAAUUUUUAAAAUUCUGCUUUUGAUAUUGUUCCAUAACAUUACAUUACAUAAGUUUCGAAACUACUGGCGUAAAUUACUUCCUGCUUGUUACAAAUGUUAUGGAAUCUUUAUAUCAAUAGAGAUCAAUAGAGAUUUAAAUUAUAAAAUAACAUGCAGAAAAAUUCAUUUAGUUUUAAUGUGGUUUAAUUUACCAGGCUAUUUGCACUUUCCAAAGCAGAACCUAAUGACAUUGCGCAACAUCAGAGAAAGGAGGAUUGGAUUAAUCCGAUCGGAUCAGUUAUGAAAUUUAUACGCGCACAAAUAGAACAGAAAUUCGUUCAAUCUGAAUGCGACAUGAGGAUCUCUUGUUAAAAUAUCAAACGAUCAAUCAUACCGCUCGCAUGCGUUACGUCUCGCAAAUCGUCCAUGCAAAAAUGCUCUCAAGCUAUUACGCGACUUCAAGCGCAUUUCAAUCAGAGUGCAACGACCACUCGACUGGAAACUGCGGAACUGUCAGGAGCGCAAUAGAAUGAUUGCUAAUCAAUUCGACGCAAUGAUUGGGAUUAAGAAAAACGGCGACGCGUUCUCUCCGGGCGAUGCACUAAUUCGCCUCGAAUUUCGUAAAGCCAAGAUACUAUAAUUAUUAUGCAAUAAAAUAUAAUAUAUUUUUAGUAAAAAUACAGCAAAAAAAACAAGAAAUGUAUUUAAGGAAUUGUACUCUAUUCAAUUCGUUAUUUAUAUUCGAAUUUGCGCAAUAGUAGUAACAAUAAUCGAUUAUUUUUAUGACUUGACGGAAAGGUAAAGCCAGCGUUAGGACCAACUCUUGUUUCUUCCACAAGUGGUUUCGCGCAAAUGAUUUCUUCGCACUGAAUUAUAUCUGACUGACUAAAUUAUAAAUAGCAGUGAAAUGCGGAGAUUUUCGUUAGUUCGCUAUGGAUUCUUCGAGUGCAAGGACUUUCAUGUUUUUCCUGAUUACUUUGACGUUGUGCGAAAAUGUUCGUCCUCAGUCACAGCCGCAAAAUUUUAAAAAGAUUACUAUUGAUGUUAAUAAUGGUAUCAUUACCAUCAAUGACCAGUUCGUCGUGUCGAAUACCAAACAAAUGGAGAGGAUAGCCGGUGGGAGUUACGCGAAUGAAGGUGAAUUUCCGUUUAUGGCUGUCGUGCAUCGAUUGAUUGACGGUAGAAGGGUCUCUCAAUGCGGCGGUACCAUCAUAUCGAAGAGAUGGGUGCUGACUGCGGCACACUGUAUCGCAAAGUACCCGCAAAGAUUCUUCGUCAUAUUCGGCAUCGUUGACAAGACGGGGAUCGGUUAUGAUGUCAACAGAGGAUCCGGAGUGUCGAUGAUGACCUCACAGGCUUAUGUGCACCCUAAUUAUUUUGUCAGCAAGAACGACAUUGGAUUGUUACGUAUGCCGCGAGAUAUUCCUUUUUCAGAAAAUAUUCGACCGAUACAUUUAGCCGGUCGGAAGAAAAGCAGAGUUUUGGCCGACACAAUGGCUUGUGUGGUUGGAUGGGGCCGCGAUGGAUUCGGUCCUAAAGGUACCAUGAGGUUGAAGUACACUAUAAUGCCGUUGAUUUCGAAACACGAGUGCCUUGCGUAUUGGAGAGUGGAUUAUAGAAAUAUAUGCACGGAACCGGGUCUUGGGAAAAAUGCCUGUCAGGGUGACAGUGGAGGUCCUCUUUUUAUAAUGCGAAACAAUCGGCCGCUGCAGAUCGGUAUCGUAAGCUACGGAGACGCGAAUUGUCCAAGCGGCAGACCCGGCGUGUAUACUAGAGUAGCGGCGUUCGCAGAGUGGAUUCGAUAUGUCACUGGAAUGAAGUUUUAG